CGCUGUGGAGACAGGAUGAAGUUGACCAGUGAAAAGUUGCCCAAGAACUCCUUUUAUACUUCUCUAUCCCACUAUGCUGCUAAUAACCAAAAACUCUUCCAAUGGAGAAAGGAAAAGACUGAUCAUUACAGCCAUGCUAGUUUGGUGGAAAAGGCAUUGCACCUCUUGAAGGAAAGAAUAAGAAGAGGGGAUACUCUGGCAUAUUUCCUACGAGGUCAACUGUAUUUUGAAGAGGGUUGGUAUGAAGAAGCAUUAGAACAGUUUGAAGAAAUCAAGGAAAAGGAUCAUCAGGCAACUUACCAGUUAGGAGUCAUGUAUUAUGAUGGCCUGGGGAUGACUGCAGACGCUGAAAAAGGAGUGGAAUAUAUGAAGAAAAUUGUUGAUUCUCCAUGUCCCAAAGCAAGACACUUACAAUUUGCAGCAGCUUACAACCUUGGAAGAGCUUAUUAUGAAGGAAAAGGCGUUAAACAAUCAGACGAGGAAGCUGAAAGACUGUGGCUUUUUGCUGCAGACAAUGGAAAUCCAAAAGCUAGUGUGAAGGCUCAAAGUAUCCUAGGAUUGUAUUACUCAACAAAGGAACCCAGAGAGUUAGAGAAGGCAUUUUUUUGGCAUUCAGAAGCUUGUGGCAAUGGAAACCUGGAAUCCCAGGGUGCACUUGGGCUCAUGUACUUUUAUGGACAAGGUAUCCACCAGGAUACCGAGGCUGCCCUGCAUUGCUUGAGGGAAGCAGCAGAGCGUGGAAAUGUCUACGCUCAAGGGAAUCUCGUGGAGUAUUACUAUAAGAUGAAAUUUUUUACAAAGUGUGUUGCAUUUUCCAAAAGGAUUGCUGACUACGAUGAGAUUCAUGACAUCCCCAUGAUAGCCCAGGUCACGGACUGUCUCCCAGAAUUCAUCAGCAGAGGCAUGGCCAUGGCCUCUUUCUACCACGCACGGUGCCUGCAGCUUGGUUUGGGUAUCACAAAGGAUGAAGCAACAGCUAAACACUAUUAUUCUAAAGCUUGUCGUCUGAAUCCUUCAUUGGCAGAUGAACUUCACACUUUACUUAUUCGUCAGAGAAUUUAGACUACAAUGUAUUUCAACAAAGAUCAUCAAUCCUAACAACUUAGAAUGGUCAGAGCCCAGGCCUCACCUGGAAUGUUUUCAAGCAGCUUCUGCUGUGCUCUCCGCUUUGUUUCCUGGCUUUGUUCUUCACUUGGGACUGUGUUCGGAGGUGCCAAAUUCCCACCGGGCCACAAAGCGUCCCGGAGAGCGCCGAUGUAGUAGACCACCAUUUGCUCGCUGAGAGCCCAGUCCACUGCGUCCCGGAGUUGUCUUUCAAGAGCAAAAUAUUUCUUGGAUGAGGUUUUAAAAAAUCUUAUUCUCUAUUCUCACAAGGCAUUUGUCAAUGGGUAGGUUAAGAUAAGCGUUUGAUGAAUAAACUAGGAAUUGGAUUUUUAAA